CUGUAUCUGGCAAUAUUAUGUUGUCAAUAAUUAAUUAAUAAUGAAUACAUAUGAAUUGUUCCGUUCAACCAGUAGACGGACCCCUAAAGCCAUCAAUUUGCUCACACACUGGACAGUGUGGAGUAAUUUGGGAAUAGUGAAUGUGGUCUCUGUGACUUUAUUCGGAAACAUACAUUGAGGAGGGUUUUGUAAUAUGGGGGCGUUAAUACAACAUACUUUUGGGGGGACCCAUGCUGUGUAGUGCUGGACACGUAGGGCCCCUCUCCUGCUGUCAGUGCGCCCAGACAGCUGCAGCCAUGUUGGAAAAGCUCCGCUCCGGCAGCAGCAGCAGCGGCGGCGGUGCUAACAGUUAGCGUCAGUGGACACCGACUACCGGGCACGGCGCUGUUGAGGACAAACACAGACCGGGAGAGGGGCUCAUACCGGAGAGGCACAGCCGCCAAGCCGGCUCUGGUACCAACGGGUUCAUACAUUUAUAUAAAACCCGAACUCACCGGCUGGUUACGGGGAGUAGGUGCGGCCGGGGCUCCAGAGCUGAAGCGGACAGACAAGUGGUGCAGUGGCCGAAACCAGCCCUCUCGGUUCCUCCGCCGAGGUGCAAAGGUCUAACCGAGCGACGGGGCUUGAGAGCGAGCGGGUCAGGUCCUGCUGAACCCGAGCCCCUCGCCUGCGCUGCCUUCUCGACCACAGUCCACUUCUCGCUGUGGUGGGCCGAAUGAAAGUGUUGACGUCUGAACCGCCGGGCACCGAUCAGCCCUUGAGCUCAGAUAUUUCCAGAAUCACAUACUACGCCGAAUAUGACGGACAGUUAGCCCCCGCAGGAGGAUCUGAAUCGGGCAUGGCAUCGUCUUCCUACUUGGAACCCAACCUCAAUCACUCCGCAGCGAGUGGUUGUGGGGUUAAAUCCCGGUCUGUGAUGCCUGGUGGUACCGGUGGUGGUACCAGUGGCUCUGCUGGCGGCCUUGAGCGGCCCUCAGGCUCCAUGGACCGGGUGCUAAAGAUCUUCCAUUAUUUUGAGACGAACAGCGAACCAUGCACCUGGGCGAGUAAUAUCAGGCAUGGAGAUGCUACCGAUGUCAGGGGUGUUAUUCAGAAGAUAGCAGAGAUCCACAAGUUGCGCUGUGUGUCCUCUCUGGGCCUCCGUCUGACCCAUCUGCACUCUGAUGCACUCCAUUGGUUACACCCUGAUUUGGGCGUGUGUCACAUCAGAGAAAAAUAUGAGAAACAGCACCCCCAGGAGGAAUGGAGGUAUGAGUUGCGGAUGCGGUACCUUCCGAAAGGUUACCUCAGCCAUUUCUCUGAGGACAAACCCUCCCUUAGCUACCUAUAUCACCAGGUGAAGAGUGACUACAUGCAGCAUAUCGCUGAUCAGGUGGAUCAAGAAGUUUCUCUGAAACUGGGUUGUUUGGAAAUUAGGAGGUUCUUCAGAGAGAUGCCAGGCAACGCCCUGGAUAAGAAAUCCAAUUAUGAACUAUUAGAGAAAGACGUUGGUUUAAGAAGGUUCUUCCCCAAAAGCCUGCUGGACUCCCUCAAGGCGAAGACUCUGCGUAAGCAGAUCCAGCAGACCUUUAAGCAGUUUGCUAACCUCAACGAUGAGCAGAGCAUCCACAAGUUCUUUGAGAUCCUCUCUCCCAUCUACCGCUUUGACAAAGAGUGCUUCAAAUGUGCUUUGGGGUCUAGUUGGGUGAUAUCAGUAGAGUUAGCUAUCGGACCAGAAGAAGGAAUCAGCUACCUCACAGAUAAGGGCUCAAUGCCUACACACUUAGCUAACUUUAACCAGGUUCAGUCCAUCCAAUACUCUGCUUUGGAAGAGAAGGACAGGAAAGGCAUGUUGCAGCUCAACGUAGCAGGAGCUCCAGAGCCCCUCACAGUCACCACGGCAUCGCUAACUACGGCAGAAAACAUGGCUGACUUGAUUGACGGAUACUGUCGACUCGUCUCCUCAGCUACUCACUCCUUCAUUGUCAGAGUGCACAAAGAAGGGGACCGAGCUCUGCCGUCCAUCCCCAAAGUAUCAAAUCAUGAGAGGCGGAUGGAAAAACGAAUGGAAGGAGUACGGACCCGAGCUGUUUGUGUCUCAGGUCACACUAGUGGUGAUGAAACGGACGACUAUGCGGAGAUCAUAGAUGAGGAGGACACGUACACGAUGCCUUCAAAAUACUAUGGACUAGAUCAAGCACGGGACUAUGAGAUUCAGCGAGAUUGUAUAGAGUUGGGACGCUGCAUAGGCGAGGGUCAGUUUGGAGACGUCCACCAAGGAGUCUACAUCAGCCCGGAGAACCCAGCCCUGUCUGUGGCAGUGAAGACGUGUAAGAAUUCAACAUCCGACAGCGUCAGGGAAAAAUUUCUCCAAGAAGCCUUGACCAUGCGUCAGUUUGACCACCCCCACAUUGUAAAGCUGAUGGGUGUCAUCACUGAUAAUCCAGUUUGGAUCAUCAUGGAGCUCUGCACACUCGGAGAGUUACGGUCCUUCCUCCAGGUGAGGAAGUACAGUCUAGACUUGGCCACUCUCAUCUUGUACUCGUACCAGCUCAGCGCGGCACUGGCAUAUCUGGAGAGCAAGCGCUUUGUGCACAGGGACAUUGCCGCACGGAACGUGUUGGUGUCUACAGUCGACUGUGUAAAGCUUGGGGACUUUGGUUUGUCUCGAUACAUGGAAGAUAGCUCGUAUUAUAAAGCCUCUAAAGGUAAACUGCCUAUUAAAUGGAUGGCUCCAGAAUCCAUCAACUUCAGGCGAUUUACCACAGCCAGUGACGUCUGGAUGUUUGGCGUUUGUAUGUGGGAGAUCCUAAUGUUCGGUAUCAAGCCUUUCCAGGGCGUGAAGAACAACGACGUCAUCGGCAGGAUAGAGAAUGGGGAGCGACUGGCGAUGCCCCCCCAGUGUCCUCCUACUCUCUACAGCUUGAUGACAAAGUGUUGGUCGUAUGAUCCCAGCAAGAGGCCACGCUUCACCGAACUCAAAACACAGCUGAGCACUAUAUUAGAGGAGGAGAAGCUCCAGCAGAUGGAACGGAGCAGGAUGGAGAUGAGGAGACAGGUCACUGUGUCAUGGGACUCUGGAGGGUCUGAGGAAGCACCGCCGAAGCCCAGCCGUCGUCGCUCCCUGCAGCCCACCUUCAGUCUGGAUUGUCUGUCUGCUCCUUCGCCUCACCACCAUUGCCAUCAAAACCAGCACUUUGCUUCACAGCUUUCCCUCUGCUUUGGAAACCCUCACCCUUCAUCCCCCUUCACCUCUUCUCAGCUUCCCACUCCUCCACUCUGCAUAUCGUCUCUACAAUGUCCCUAUCACUUUUCUCCCAAUCCUCAGCCUCAAUUACCUCAUUUUCAAAAUAUCUCAUUCUGCAAGAGCUCUUUCUCUCAGCACAGCGGUGAAUUCAAAUUCAAAUCUGAAUCCAGAGCCAGCUUGUCCCUCCAGUCAGAGACUAACUUCUACCGUCCUCACGGCAGUUCAGAGAGCCUGUCGAAUGGCAGCUGCCCCCACAAUACAAAUCCCCCUUCUAAAGGCCACCUGCUCUGUUCAUCCCAGCCCAAGUCGGACAACUCACUCUCCCAUCCCUGGCACUGCUCCCCACUCCUUUCCCAGUCUAGUCCUAACCUUAACUCUCUGCCCCACAGCAUGUCAAACAUGUGUCCCUACACCCUCCAAAACAUUCAGCCCAAGGCAAAUUCAGAUCUUAAAAGCCUGCUGUUGCGCAGUUUUCACUGGAGCUGCCAAAUUAAUCCCAGUACCCCAGGACAACCUGACUCUGACCCCCAGCGCCAACCCCCUGCUGUGCAGUCAUGUGGGAGGCCCACGCUGGUCUCUCCGGCCCCCCUCCCAGUCUCCUCUCACUACCCUCAGCAUCCACACGGUCGGAUGCUAAGCCUCCCUGUAACGACCACGACCCCUUGUCCCGCCUCUUGCUCUGAAAGACACAUGUCUAGACCCUUGAAGCCGAGUAGACCCGGAUAUCCCAGUCCUCGCUCAAGUGAAGGUUUCUACCCCAGUCCCCAAAAUCCUGGACACUACCAGAUGGCAGCGUACCCCGGCCCUCACACCCUCCCCUCGGUGCCCAGCGCCCUGUACCCCCCACAGGCUGCGAUGCUGGAAACACACCACGCGCACACACACCCCCGCCACCAUGUCCACACACACUCGCACACACAGCACCUUCCCCAUCCACAUGGACACGACAUGGCGCUAUGGGGCUCUGCGAUGGAGGACAGGGCAGUAGACAUGCAGCAGUGUGUAGGCCAACAGUGCCUGUUAAUGGAGGAACAGCUGAUGAUACAACAACAGCAGAUGGAGGAGGACCAGAAGUGGCUGGAGCAGGAGGAAAGGCUGCUGAAACCAGACUCUAGAAGUUCUAGAGGGAGUCUGGACAGAGAGGACGGUGGACUCCAACCACCGACAGGAAACCAGAACAUAUACCAGCCCGUUGGAAAAGCAGAGCACGCGGCUCCCCCAAAGAAGCCCCCUCGACCUGGGGCCCAGGGCCAGGUGGGCAGUCUGACCUGCCUGAAUACUGGAGACAGUUACAACGAUGGAGUCAAGCCCUGGCGGCUGCAGCCCCAAGAGAUAAGCCCGCCCCCCACGGCCAAUCUGGACCGCUCCAACGACAAGGUGUACGAGAACGUGACGGGAUUGGUCAAAGCUGUGAUCGAGAUGUCGAGCAAGAUUCAACCGGCUCCUCCAGAGGAAUACGUUCCCAUGGUCAAGGACGUGGGUCUGGCGUUGAGGACGUUACUGGCCACAGUGGAUGAGACUCUACCACAACUUCCAGCCAGUACACACAGAGAGAUCGAGAUGGCACAGAAACUUCUGAACUCAGACUUGGCAGAGCUGAUUGGGAAGAUGAAGUUAGCCCAACAAUAUGUGAUGACCAGCCUCCAGCAGGACUAUAAGAAGCAGAUGUUGACAGCGGCUCACGCUCUUGCAGUUGAUGCCAAAAACCUGCUGGAUGUCAUCGACCAAUCGCGGCUCAAGAUGAUGUCCCAGUCCCGCCCGCACUAGCCUCGACAGCUGAACCGAGCGACAGGGAACUGGUCUUUUAUUUGAGAGGCAGCAUCACUUUGGUUACUGUUAGCAAUGGAGAAUCGUGACGUGUGAGAGUUGUCUUCGCUGACUGCUUUACAUCAAAGGAGAACAACAGCGCUGAUCCCGUCCGAUCCCGUGGGCGCGGAGGACGUCUCUCCACCACUGUGACUUUCGUAACACUAGAACACAGCAGAAACACUUCCUGAAUCAGGGACCGGGCAGCUUCUCUCACUUUGGACUGUAAUAUAAUAACGAGAGGAGGAAAGGCAACAAGGAAGUGUCGGGAUUUUUUAAAUAUGGGUGAUCCGGAUUCCUGGGAUCCCGGGUUAUAAAAGGUUCGAAACCCUCUGACAGAAACACUGUCCUGGGAGUGAUUCCAUCUGGAACCGUCGGCAUCGGGUGGACUCGUCUCAGCGGGAUAACGAAGCAGAGCCGUCACAACCGGGUCGGACUGCGUUCGCUCUGCAACAUAUCUGCAUGAAACUUCACUGUGGAAAUGGACUCAGCCGUCAGCCAGCAGCCAUCAUCAAGGCAUUUGUUGAUGUCAUGUGUCGUGACCCCUGGAUGUUGUGAACUUUACCUCCACAGGACCAUGGAUUCUUUUGAUCGAACCACAUGUUAUCCGCUCGGCUCCGAUCACGUGCGUCGCUUCGAUCGGAUGCUUCAACAAGGGCAUCGAGUGAAGACCGCGUUGGUUUGAAGAAGCAGCCUCUUCAUCCCAUCUUUCCUCACCAGGUUUUAUUUAUAGACUCUGAAAUUGCAGAGGAGGAGACGGAGGGAGAGACGGGUAUUACAACUUGAGGACAGUGCUGCCUGAAGGAAGAACACACUCUCCUCGUCUUUUUUUAGCUAUUUUACCCACUUUUCUCCCCCUUUUUGUUCUCACUCUUCCUCUCCAUCGUGAAGUCUUCCUCAGCUCCUCUCUGAGCCAGUUUUAAAGACUCCAAAUGUGAAGAAUACGACUCUGUCUGGGUGAACGGCGCAGACAGGACCCUUCCUUCUCGCACUCUGUCUAGUGAACCCUUUUAUCGGCGGGCUCCAUGUUUUUUGUUUUGUUUCAGCGGUCACAAUCUUCUUCCUCUUUACUGAACACGUAGAAUACAAGCAGAUAUUCAAUCCCAGCACUGACUCUGAUGAGCGAAAACAAAAUACGAAGGUGGGUUUUGAGGAUUUACUUGGUGUAACUGGAUAUUUCCUAUUAGGAAGAGAAGAACAUGUCUCAGACUGGUCACUGAGCUCGACUGAACCUUUUUCUGUGAAGACAGUGUCUCGUAUCCUUCCUUUCUCCUCACCUACAGUCCUGAUCGCGUUCAGUUGUUCCUCGUACGAGACUGGUGUCACGCCUUUACCUGUCCCCUCACCCACCGGUGUCACAGAGUGAAUUUACUGAGGACACAAACAAACCUCACAACUGGAACCUCUGUGCUUUGAGUCCCAGGUUUGGUCAGGUGUAACUCUUUAAAUAUGUCCCUCGAACCAACAGUCCCUAGACACACACACACACACACACACACACACGAAAUGUGGCGCCACAUGACGGGAGCUUGUCUUGCAGACACAAAACACUGAACUGAAAAUGCAGCAGAUCACACGUGUCUUUGUUAAUCGUGACCCCACAUGGAGUAUGACAUACUGCUAUAUGAAAUAUACUGGUGACUAGUAUAGCAUGACGAACAGGUAUGGAGAAGAGCAUAUUUGCACAGCACCCAAAAAAGAAAAUCCUACCUUUUUUUGAAGCCUAUUUAACCCAGCUUUGAUUUCCAGGUUUAGCCAGCAAUGAAACGAUCAAAUAUCUGGGUUUUGUAGGGAUUUUAAAAAUGUAAAAAACAAUCUAUUUUAUCUCGUCGUUGCGUAAAUCUGCUCAUGUUGGUAUAUUGUAAGCUAUACUGGUGUGAAUCACUGGUGAAUUGUACAGAACUAGUACGAGUAAACACUGGUUUUUAUUUUGUCUUCUGGGCUAAAUCAGCCAUCUUGUCAAAUCGGAGGAGGAAAAAAAUGAAAUAAAAAGAAUAACGAAAUGAAAAAUCA